CUCUAGGGGAAAGAAAGACUUGUCUCCAAGAUUUGCUUUACACUAUCUGAAUAGUGAAAGCACAAUGAACAUUUCUUAAGGGCUUUACCAGAAAUUAAAGGUCGUCUAGAAACAAGCACAUUGAACUUCAAGGAGUAAGAGUUCAACAAGAGCCUGGAUAUUGCUAACCAGUAAACCUGGUCUGGACAGACAGCUUAGGGAUGAAUACCAUUGAGACAGCAAAGCUCGAAGAGCACAUGGAGGGCCAAAGCAAUGACACUUCUAAUGGCUACACGCGACCUACUCUCUCUGUUGCUGAAGAGAACAAAAAUGGCACUAGUAAACCAAAGGGCUUGUCCAAUGGCUUGCGGAAAAGCACAAAGAAGUAUCCUGACUACAUCCAGAUUGCUAUGCCUGCUGAAACUCGGAACAAGUUCCCCCUGGAGUGGUGGAAGACAGGCAUUGCCUUUGUCUAUGCUCUCUUCAACUUGAUUCUAACAACUGUCAUGAUCACUGUGGUCCAUGAGAGAGUACCUCCCAAGGAGCUUAGCCCUCCCUUGCCUGACAAAUUCUUUGAUUAUAUUGAUCGUGUGAAUUGGGCUUUUUCUGUAUCAGAAAUAAAUGGGAUGAUACUAGUUGGAUUAUGGAUAUUCCAGUGGCUGUUUCUUAGAUAUAAAUCGAUAGUGGGACGCAGGUUCUUUUUUAUAAUAGGAACUUUGUACCUGUACCGCUGCAUUACCAUGUAUGUUACCACCUUACCUGUGCCUGGAAUGCAUUUUCAGUGUGCACCAAAGUUGAAUGGAGAUUCUCAGGCAAAGGUGCAGAGGAUCCUGCGACUGAUUUCUGGUGGUGGUUUGUCCAUAACUGGAUCUCAUAUACUAUGUGGAGACUUUUUGUUCAGUGGUCAUACUGUGGUACUAACACUCACAUACUUAUUCAUCAAAGAGUAUUCACCACGUCAUUUCUGGUGGUAUCACUUAAUCUGCUGGCUGAUGAGUGCUGCUGGCAUAAUUUGCAUCCUUGUUGCUCAUGAACACUACACUGUAGAUGUCGUCAUUGCUUACUAUAUCACCACACGUCUCUUCUGGUGGUACCACUCAAUGGCUAAUGAAAAGACUUUAAAGGUCUCUUCGCAGACAAACUUUCUAUCUCGAGCAUGGUGGUAUCCAAUAUUUUAUUUCUUUGAGAAGAAUGUGCAAGGCUCAGUUCCUUGCAGCUUUUCCUGGCCAAUAUCGUGGCCUCCCAGCUGCUUCAAAUCUUCAUGCAAAAAGUACUCACGGGUUCAGAAGACAGGAGAAGACAAUGAAAAAUCUACCUGAAGAAAUGGAAGAAAGUCUGCUCUGUUUUUUACCAAAACACUAAUGCUGUAACCAAAGUUCUCAAGAGGACUACACUGUAACUGAAGAAGUGGACCAAACCUCUGUGCAAUUGAUUGGAAAGACAAUUGUAGACAAAUAUAUUGCCAUUUCAUAUGUUUUCCUGUCCAUCACACUGUACAGGCUUAUUCUACUCUUCAGUCCUAAUAGAUUGCGCCUCUUGACGGGAUUUUUUUUUUCCUUAAAAUGGAGCAGGACUUUGCUUUACAAAUGAGAUAGAGGUGCCAAAGAACACACCCCUUCCAUUACUAACUGUCAUUCAUUCACAAAAGCACCCCAAAAUCCUGUCUUCAGGGUUUCUGGAGUGU